UUCAGUGUAUAUGUUUUGUGCUCAGUGUUAUAUGGUGUGUUCUGUGGUCACAACUUAAAAUUCAAGUUACGUUAUGUUAUGAAACUGAAAAAUUUAAUAAUAAAAAAUAUUCCUCUUAUGGUAUUUCGUUGUUGUACCUGAAGUUUUGUAAUGCUUUAUCCACAUUUUCUCCGUCGAACACUAUUAAACCGCAGUAUCAAGAACCUUAGCAACAUGUCUUCGAAACCAGUAAUGCAGUCGAUCCGAAAGAAAUUAACAGAACACUUAGGAGUCAGUCAUUUAGAAGUUAUUAAUGAAUCAUAUAUGCACAAUGUUCCAAAAGGGGCAGAAACCCAUUUCAAAGUUGUAGUGGUGUCCGAUAAGUUUGAUGGUGUUCCCCUGAUCAAAAAAUAUAUACGGAAGGCAACUUUAGUCCACUGACGACGUUUCUUUGUUUACAAGUUUGUAUGAUGUCACAUCAUGGCUGAUAGUACAAAGGCAUCGAAUGGUUAAUGAAAUCUUGAAAGAUGAAAUACAGAAUGGAGUUCAUGCUCUGUCCAUUGAAGCCAAGACUACCUCUCAGUGGAAUAAUAGUGACAAAACCAUAGAUCCAAGUCCAAACUGUAGAGGAGGAUUUGGAAAAUAAAACAAUAUCUAAUUUAAUUGCAUUGUAUAAUUUAUAAAAAACAAUCAAUUAGGCUAAUUAGACAAAAAUAAUGAUGUACUGCCCUACCAAGAACAGUAUUAUUGAUUUAAUGAAUAUAAUCAACUUUUUUUUUUUAUUGAGGCGCAGCACAAUUGAACUGAUAGAAUCACAUACAAUAUUAUAGCAUUGCAAUAUCAUAACCAGAAUAUGAAACAGUACAUUUUGUAUUUGAAAUUGCAACCUUUCCAUUUUUAACUUAAUACCAAUUUAUUAUAAUCAGCUGUUGAGGAUAACCUAUGCAAAACCAAGCAUGCUUCAGUGUCAGAGAACGAAACUGUCAAGUCUCAGUUUACCAUCAUUCUUUGUCAGAUAGAUUAAAUCUGCAAGGGUCUGAUCACAAAUUGCCUCUUCUCCUCUAUCAGACAUCUAAAAAUUAAAGUUUUGUUACAAUGC